CAAUAGAUACCACAGAUUCCAUACCUCAUACUAUCCCAUCUGAAUCUUUUACUGAAAACUCCAUCACCAUGGUGUCCAAAUUCCGUAGCCUCCAUCUCCAUCCCCAACCGCAACCCCACUCUUCUCUCAUCUCCGCAAUAACCAAAAUUUCAAAAUUCCCAAGCCACUACUCUUCAUCCCCAGUUACCAUUACGACCAAACUAAAUUUCCCAUAUGGGCAAAACCAGUUUCUCCACAGGAGAAUGGCAUCAAACCAACCCAGAAUUAAUCCAAAAGUAGAUGAAUUUGAACCUGUAUCAACCCUUACCAAUGAUGAUCUCAAGCCAGUUCCACCAAAUCAAAGGACCUUUUCUUGGUGGGAAAUGGCCAGUCUAUGGAUUGGUCUUGUUGUGGGGGUGCCAUCUUAUUACUUGGCAGGCAGUCUUGUUGAUCUUGGAAUGGCUUGGUGGCAAGGGAUAGCCACAGUUGUAGCUGCCAAUAUAAUUUUAUUAGUUCCUUUAGUUCUUACAGGGGAUCCUGGAACACGUUAUGGAAUCUCCUUCCCGGUCUUGGCUAGAUCUUCUUUUGGAAUUCGUGGUGCCCAUAUUCCUGCUCUACUUAGAGCAUUGGUUGGAUGUGGCUGGUAUGGAAUUGAAACUUGGAUUGGUGGUGAGGCAAUCUUCAUUCUUUUACCUAAAUUCAUUAAAGAAUCUUCUUGGUCUCAAUUUUGGCCUUGGCUUGGCACUUCCCCAUUAGAAUUUGCUUGUUUUAUUGUCUUUUGGGUAGCUCAAUUGACUGUAGUUUGGAAGGGAAUGGAAGGGAUUAGACAGCUAGAGAAAUACUCAGCUCCUAUAUUAAUCACACUCACUGCUUGUUUACUUGCCUGGGCUUAUGUUAAUGCUGGUGGUUUUGGUCAUAUGCUGGCUUUGUCCUCUAGGCUAUCUUCUUCUGAAUUUUGGGCUCUGUUCUUCCCUUCCCUAACUGCAAAUAUUAGUUUCUGGGCUACUCUUGCACUAAAUAUACCAGAUUUUACUAGAUACGCCAAGAGCCAAACUGACCAAAUAAUUGGUCAGGCUGGUCUGCCAAUUUUCAUGGGUGCCUUUACAUUUGUUGGAUUAGCUGUAACCUCAUCAACAACUGUGAUUUUUGGACGUGUGAUCUCUAGUCCAAUUCAACUUCUUGAGCAAAUUGGUGGGUUCAUUACAAUGAUUCUAGCCAUAAUUGGAAUUAGCCUAGCCACUUUAACAACAAAUAUAGCUGCAAAUGUUGUGGCACCUGCCAAUGCACUUGUCAGUCUUAGCCCAUCAAAGUUCACAUUCAGGAGAGGAGCUCUUUUAACUGCAUUGCUUGGUAUUGUUUUCCAGCCAUGGAGACUGCUCCAAUCAAGUGAAAGCUUUGUUUAUACUUGGUUAGUUGGCUACUCUGCCUUAUUGGGCCCAAUUGGGGGUAUUUUACUAGUAGACUAUUAUCUUAUUCAGAAGACAAAUUUAAGUGUCAAGGACUUGUACACCUCGAGUCCAUAUGGAGCGUACUUUUACUCAGGGGGUUACAAUUUGGCAGCAUUGGCAGCUCUUAUUAUUGGGAUUUUGCCAGUGAUUCCAGGUUUGUUACAGAAGGUUGGAAUUCUGUCUACAAUUCCAGGCACCUGCGUGGUCAUCUACAAUAAUGCUUGGUUUUUUAGCUUCUUUUUUGCAGGUUUUCUCUACUGGAUUCUGUCAAAUCUUACAGGAAAACAAAAGAAGUCACUACCUAUAGAUCCCCUCUUGCCUAAUGCAAACUAAUGAUUAUUUCUUUUCUUCUUGUUCUUUUGCUUUCCAAAUAUAUAUAUUUUUUUAAGCACAGGAAAACUGCAAACUGCUUGUAAAGAACAAUUAUGGAACUUCUGUUGUAAAUUUCCCAAGUUCAUAUGCGUUUUAGGCAUUCAGCACAUUUGAGAGGCUGAAUUUU